GGCCUCGUCUUCCUCAGGCCACGCAGCGAUCUGAAGUGAAACAGCAAAAAAAAUCAAACAAAAAGAAAAAAUAUUCCCCAUCUGUGAAAUUCGCAAAACCCUAGCGCGGCGGCGAUGUCGAACACGAGGGUGUUCUUCGACAUGACCGUCGGCGGAGCUCCGGCGGGGCGGAUCGUGAUGGAGCUGUACGCGAAGGACGUGCCGCGGACGGCGGAGAACUUCCGCGCGCUCUGCACCGGCGAGAAGGGCGUGGGCAAGAGCGGCAAGCCGCUGCACUACAAGGGGAGCACCUUCCACCGCGUGAUCCCGGAGUUCAUGUGCCAGGGCGGCGACUUCACCCGCGGCAACGGCACGGGAGGGGAGUCGAUCUACGGCGAGAAGUUCGCCGACGAGGUGUUCAAGUUCAAGCACGACAGCCCCGGCAUCCUGUCCAUGGCGAACGCCGGGCCCAACACUAACGGGUCCCAGUUCUUCAUCUGCACCGUGCCCUGCAGCUGGCUGGACGGGAAGCACGUCGUGUUCGGCCGCGUCGUCGAGGGCAUGGACGUCGUCAAGGCCAUCGAGAAGGUGGGAUCCCGCGGCGGGAGCACCGCCAAGCCGGUCGUCAUCGCCGACUGCGGCCAGCUCUCCUAGAUCUGUGCUGUUCCCCUUCGCCUUUCGCCAGUAUCAGUCGUCUUGAGUCGUCGAGUCCCUAAAUAAGGAGGAGGUGGUGGUGGUGUUAGUCUUUUUAUGAGUUCGUGUCGUGUUGGUGAGAUGAGAUCGCCCAUGGUUUGGUUGGAUUAGGCGGAGUUCUUGGAUCGAUUCGGUGGAGUUGGAUCUGCGAUCCUUCUUGGGGUUGGUUUUAAAUCUUAAUUCGUGUCGCUGCUUCUAUGAUAUCGCUAUCAAUCAAUGAGAACAUUUGGGAUCCGUGGAUUUUCUGUGAUCUUA